AUGCAGUUAGGUUCGUCGGAGACCCCUUUCAUUGAAAUCGAGCCCGUGUCUCCCAAAUAUAUACACUUGUCUCCAGUUUGCUCCAAUCUUUCCGAUAAUAAUAAUAAUAACUCGUCACUAUUAUUCAAUAGGCGACGAACCUCGAAUCCUCCCGUCUGGGGACAGUUGUACACCCGUGAGUGGAUGAGCCCACGGGCACCCAAAUCGAAGUUGUGGGUGAACAUGUCGAGGGUGGCGCUCGCGAGUAGCAGCUCGUCGUCGGACCCCACCAAGUGCUCGGCCACGCUCCACCUCCUCCACACCUCGAAUCCCGUGUAG